UAAUAAAUAUAUAGCUUCACCUCCUACAAAUUCCUUCAAUAAAUUCAAGCACUGCAACUACAAACCAAUCCCCAAUAUUGACUAAAAUCCAAUCUCUACUCGCCAUGUUUAGGGCUCUGAGUACACGUAAAGGCCGCCAGGGCUACGAACAAUUAACCGAUGAGACGGAGCCCGUUAAAGAUCCUUUGGGGCCUAAACUGAGCAAAUCCAGAACCUUGCCGGCUAAAUUUUUCAAUUCAUCGCCGAAAAACUUGACUCCUGUGGCUGCGGAGCAGGCUAAAAAGGUCAGCAAAAUUCAUCCCUUUUUCAGUAUUUUUGUCGACUCCCGCCGGCGAAGGAAGAAGGCAACUGCAAAGCCGGAAUUCUCAAGGUAUGUGGAGUAUCUGAAGGAGGGAGGUAUGUACGGGAUGAUGAACGUCAAAGCAAGCAGCCAAAAUAAAUGAAGAUUUUAGCUUAAUUUCUACAUUAUUAUGGUCUAAUUUACUUACCGAACAGGCCACAAGUGUAUGUAGAUUGUAGCAUGCUUAGAAAUGAUAAGACUUCGAUAUAUAAAUUAUGCAGAUUGGGAAGAAGGAAGGCUGCCUUCUUCAUAUUUUAUGUGCAGAUUCCUUUGUCACUUCUUUAACGAUGCUUAUUAUUUUGUAUCUCUUGUUUGCAAGAGAAGGAGAUUUGUAUAUUUAUUUA